GACAGCAGAAAGUUGCUGAGCCGAGCGCACCCUCCGUCAUAAGUGAGAGCAGUGCAUGGUUUCAGUUGGAUUGGUUUGCUACAGUCUGUCCGCUUGGCAACCGGGGCAAUAACGUGCAACAAACAGGACCCAUAUCAGCACCAUUGACAGAAGAAACGAAUUAUUUGUUUGAUAUGCCCUCCCAAAACUGAAAUCGGUCGCUGCGAAAAAAUUGCGUUUGCAAGUGUGCGUUUAUCGAAUUCAUGUAGAGCGUCAUUGUAGGCUACCAGGAGGAAUUGACAGUGAUGCAAACAAUUCAGCUUGUAGGCAUCUACUCCUCUCUCUUUCUCUACAGGCACCCAAACUGACAGGUGGACAGACAGACAGUUACUAUGACAGCGGAAGAGACCAUCAACAUCAAGGAGGCGGAGGUGAUCAAGCUCAUGUUGGACUUCCUCAACUCCCGGAAACUGCACAUCAGCAUGCUGGCCUUAGAGAAGGAGAGUGGCGUGAUCAACGGCCUCUAUUCGGAUGACAUGCUUUUCCUCAGACAGCUGAUACUAGAUGGCCAAUGGGAGGAGAUCCUACAGUUUAUUCAACCAUUGGAAGGAAUGGAUAAGUUUAAUAAGAAAAGGUUUCGUUAUAUUAUUUUGAAGCAGAGGUUUCUGGAAGCUCUGUGUGUGAAUAACGCCAUGUCAGCUGCUGAAGACCAUCAGAAUCUGGAGCUGACUAUGCAGGAGGCCGUCAAAUGUCUUCACAGCCUGGAGGAGUUCUGUCCUACCAAAGACGACUACAGCAAACUGUGCCUGCUGCUCACCCUGCCACGCCUCACCCACCACGCAGAGUUCAAGGACUGGAACCCUAGUACGGCUCGCGUCCACUGCUUUGAAGAGAUUUGCGCCAUGGUGGCCGAGUUCAUCCCCGCAGACAGGAAACUGAGCGAGGCAGGGUUCAGGGCCAGUGGAAACCGUCUCUUCCAGCUGCUCAUUAAGGGGAUCCUCUAUGAGUGCUGCGUGGAGUACUGUCAGAGUAAAGCCACAGGGGAGGAGAUCACAGAGGGCGAGGUGCUCCUGGGGGUGGAUGUUCUGAGCGGUAACGGCUGUGACGAGGUGGACCUCUCCCUGCUCUCCUGGCUCCAGAACCUCUCCCCCGGGGCCUUCUCCUGUUCCUUCCAGCAGAAGACCCUCAGCAUCCACGUGGACCGCCUGGUCAAGCCCCCCAAAGCCGGCCACGCUGACCUCCUCAGUCCCCUCAUCAACCGCCUCUCCCCGUGCCCCUCUUCUCCACUACGCCAGCGACCCCUGUCUGCAGACACCUACAUGUCCCGCUCCCUGAACCCGGCCCUGGACGGUCUCUCCCACGGGCUGGCGGCCCAGGAUAAGAGGGGAAUGGAGGGCAGCGUCAGGCCCUGUCUGAGCCGUAGCCUUGUGGAGAAUGACCUCCACCAUGAGGAGGACUCCCCAGAGAGAAAGCAGCCACGGGGUUUGAAUGGGCCCAGCGCAGUGCGUACUCCAUUGGCCCCUGGGAUGGACGGUGGGCCACCCUGUAGCACCGAAAGAAAUGAGCGCGAGUCUACUGAGCAGGUGCAGGAGUACUACCGUCAGCGCCUGCGUGUGCAGCAGCACCUGGAGACCAAGCAGCAGCAAAGACAGCUCUACCAGCAGAUGCUACUGGAGGGGGGGGUCAAGCCUCAGGAGGGAACACAAGUCCAGCACAACCUCACCCAGACAUUCCUCAACAGGUCCAUCCAGAAGCUGGAGGAGAUGAACGUGGGUAUGGACAACCUGGGUGAGGAGGUACAGAGUCUCACCCAGCAAUGCAACGGAGUGAUGGGGAAGCCUGCCGCAACCCCCACACCCCUUAUCAUCCCCACCCCACCCAGCAGCACCAAGACCCCAGAGACAGGCUGUCUCAGAGAAAGGCCUGGGGGAGGCAGCAGCAGUACCCCGUUGAAGGCUGUGGUACUCGGUUUGCCCUCCCCGGAAGUGUCCCCCGUUACCCUCACUGAAAAUGCUCAGAGGCUCAGAGCCAACGUGCCGAAAGUCGAAGACGAUUCUGGCUGUCCCACCAUGCGCAAGUCACAAGAGGGCAGGAAGCCCAAGUCCCAGUUUGUGGCUGUGAACAGUCUAGAAGACACUCAGGCUGUGCGCGCUGUCGCUUUCCAUCCAACAGGGGCACUCUACGCAGUUGGCUCCAACUCUAAAACCCUGCGGGUCUGUGCCUACCCGGAAACCCUCAACACCAAUGUUUCAGGGCCAGCCAAGCAACCAGUUGUGCGUUUCCGAAGGAACAAGCACCAUAAGGGCUCGAUCUACUGUGUGGCGUGGAGCCACUGUGGCCAACUGCUGGCCACUGGCUCCAAUGAUAAAUAUGUUAAGGUGCUUCCUUUUAACGCUGACACCUGCAACGCCACAGGCCCAGAUUUGGAGUUUAGCAUGCAUGAUGGAACCAUCAGAGACUUGGCCUUCAUGGAGGGCCCAGAAAGUGGAGGAUCCAUACUGAUCAGUGCUGGGGCUGGAGACUGCAACAUUUACACCACAGACUGUCAGAGGGGACAGGGGCUGCAUGCUCUCAGUGGCCAUACAGGUCACAUUCUGUCUUUGUACACGUGGGGGGGCUGGAUGAUUGCCACUGGCUCCCAGGACAAGACUGUUCGCUUCUGGGACCUCAGGGUGCCUAGCUGUGUCAGAGUGGUGGGAACAGCCCUGCAUGGAUCUGGAAGUGCUGUGGCCUCGGUGGCGGUGGACCCCAGCGGGCGUCUCCUGGCGACGGGCCAGGAGGACAGCAGCUGCAUGCUGUACGACAUCCGGGGGGGGCGCAUGGUGCAGACGUACCGCCCUCACGACAGCGACGUCCGCUCAGUCCGCUUCUCCCCCGGCGCCCACUACCUGCUGACGGGCUCCUACGACAACAAAGUCAUUGUCACUGACCUGCAAGGCGACCUGACCAAGCCGCUUCCUCGGACCGUGGCGGGGGAACACGGGGACAAGGUGAUCCAGUGUAGGUGGCACACGCAUGACCUCUCCUUCCUGUCCUCCUCUGCAGACCGGACAGUCACUCUUUGGUCACAAUGUGCCUGAUGCCCUCGGCGGUCAUUUGGCGGAGCAAGAGGGGGGACACUGACCACAAGAAAGCACAACACAGUCUACCUGGAUCUCCCCAUGUCUUUUUCCCCGUGUGUGUGUGUGUGUGUGUGUGUAUGUGUUCACCCAGUUUGUAUUUGCACUGGAUGUUACUGCUUUUAGCCAAUUUCAAGCAUUUGUGCCUCAUGGGAUGGCUGUUCAGAUACUAGUUAUGUAAAAGGUUUAGGAAAAAAAUAAUUAAAAAAAACACCUCCAUGUGACUACACUGUAAGAAUAUGUUAAGAGCUACUGCAAUGUUUGAAAUGUACUCAACAAAUGCAUGUUAGCAUAGUGAACAUCUGCUUCAAGCACUUUUCAGUUUUGGGGGGAGGAUAGCUAGGAUAGAAUAACGCUUUCAAACUAGCUGUUUUGCUGAUGCAAAAUGGGUGAUCUGGUCCAUUUUAACCACAGUAUGUAAAUCAUCUGGUGCCUAAUAUUAAAAGCUUUAUCUUGAUAUGUUAUAGUUUGUAUCUCAGGUGUCCAGUCUUUACUGACACCGUUGUUUGUACACAUUUGCUCAAUGUAAUUGUGGUGUGAGCUUUGUUGUUGGAUUGGUAACAAAUUCUAUGGAAUUCAUGUUGUCUGUCAUUAUUCAUUAACUAUCUAUAAUUUUAUGAGGAUUAUUUGAUCAAAAUUUGCUAGCAACUAUGAUUUCUUUUUUGCACAAGUACAAAAAUGCUGUUGGAUGAUAAAGUUGUGGAUGAUAAUGUUUUAAACAACCACACUUAUACAAAGUAUAUUAUGAGAGUGAAUAAGAUGAUGAGGUUUUAAAAGUGCACGUUUUACCAUCACUGCAUUGCAGAUUACGUAAUUUAAAUUAACCAUUGAAUGGCUUGGAGCUGUGUACAGUACAAUGUCACCUUUGCAUGUACUGUUCCGUUUUAGCGUUGAGAGGCUACAAAGAUUUAACACAAAUAAUGUAAACAAGCUGAACCAGGCUGUGUUAAAGUAGACCUGUCAGUUUUACUGCACUUCAGAAAUUCUAAGGUAACGUGUGUUUUAAACUUAAACCUUUACUUUUGUUGUAAUUGUAAAGGUGCAAUAAAGGAAAACAAUGACCCCUGUGGUCAAUAUUCUUUACGUUAUUUAAUAGUAACUAUAGCAUUUUAACAUUGUGCCAACCAACCCCGUGAUGGGGCUGACUUUAAUCACAAAUCACCACAUUUUAGAAAAUUAUAUUUCAUUAUACCUUGGACCAUAACGUUUCAUUUGCUGCUGGUUAGAACAUUCUAACAUAAAUGAUGCCAGAGAAAUAUGGCAGACAGUGAAAAGUGUGCCACCCAACCCCGGUCUC